AUGGAUUUCCAAACUCGCGACGAUUUCAAUGCCACAGUGGACCUUCUCUUGACUAGAUUUCCAGAUACUUACAGUUCUGAUCGCGGCCAUCAGGUUGUCUCAUGGACGCAAUGUGAAGAAGGUUUGCCAUAUUUAAAAGACCUAAUAGAAAAAAAUGAAAACCAUGAGGUAUCUUUCAGUAAUAUGCAGUCAUUUGCAGAGCUUCUGCUGAGGUAUCUUUAUGAGAGAGAAAACUAUGACACGGCAAAACAAUAUCUUGAGGCAUCCAUAAAUACAUUCAGCGACUGUACAUCUCUGUCAUACACAAGUGCGAUUGACUUACGAGGUCUCAUCGAGCUGGAUAUUGGCCACCCACACGACUCUCUAAAAUACUUCGAACAAGCCUUUAAUCUGCGCAAAGCCGUUCUUCCCGAGGACGACCCAUUUCUUGCAGCCAAUUUCGUGAAUUACGGCCUCGCUUUCACGGAUAUCGGAGACCUAAAUAGAGCUAGAGACUAUCUUCAGAAAUCGAUUGAUAUUCGAUUGAAAGCGAAGAGCGAUAGAAUAGGAAAUUCAUACAGCAAUAUGGCCAGCUUAUUGCUUCGUAUGGACAAGCCGGAUGAGGCAGAGGACAUGCUGAAAGGCUGUCCCUCUUUGGCUAACUUCACUGGUGAAACCUUUCUCAAGACGGGGAAUCCCCGGUUCUCAGGAGACAUGGUGCUUCUCAGUCGCAUACGCUUGAAGCAGGGACUAUACGACGAUGCUCUCCGUCUUGCAUCCAAGGCACUGACAUUUCGACGAGAAUGCUUACCCCAACGCCUCAAGGUUUGCGACUCGCUGUAUCAAGUCGCAGAUCUUUUACAACAGGGAGACAACUAUGAAAUGGUAAGUCAACUUCUCAGCGAAUGUGUCCGGAUAUCAGAAGGCCUGCCCAAAUCCGAAGGGCAGCGGCACAUGGCUCGCGCGCUUUUUAAGCUCUCAAAAAUAUCUGAACGCCGUGGAAGUUUGAAAGAGAGCGCAGAGUUUCUGAAUCGUGCGAACUCCGUCAAGGCUGAUAUCGCAAACAGGGAGAAAUCCGUCUUGGAUAGUGGUAACAUGGAUGCUGACUUUGAACAUCUCGUACCGUGGAUGCUAUGGUAA